AUGGCAAAGAAACGAAGUGAUACGAUGCGCAAGAUUCGCCGUGAUCUCAUCGAAAAGAUGCGUCGAAUUGGGGAAAAGGGACAGCAUCGAGUGCUUGUUGAUCAAAAAAAGGAAGAGAAGAUUGGAGCUGAAGAGAAGAAGAACGAGAACAUCAUCGACAACAACGAGAAAGUAGAGGAUGAGAAUGGCUCCUUCACCGCCGUUGAGCCUCUUUUCUCUCGAGGUCCAUCUCGUAUUCGUGUCGCCCCAUCGACUCUUUCAAUUGAUGUCAAGAACCCGGAAAAGAUCGCCUCACUUGUCGUCAGUUUGAAGAAAUUACAAGCCGUGUGCCGUUCGUUCGAGUCGGUGCUUUCGGGCGUGUUGCCCCUUUCUGAGACGUGUGUCGCCAACAACAAGAAUGAUGGAGAAGAGAAGAUCGAGACUGUCGCGCCGAAUACAAGCCUUCUGGAGUUUCUCGAGGAGUUCGACAAGGAAAUGUCGCCAGCUGUGUCGAAGGAAAGUGUGAUGUCAAGCACGGACUCAUGGAUCUCUUGGUUGCCUCGCCCAAUAUCUGAAUCUGCCAUUGUUCAAGGGCCGGACACGCCAAUUCCUUCAACUACUCAAUUGCUUACCUCAAACACCAGCUCUGUUUCAUACACGUGUGACUGUCACCUUUGCUCGUAUCUGAAUGGAUGGUCGAUGAGCUCGAUUGAGAUUGACAAAGGAAUGGAAAAGUUGAGCGCCGGUUGUUCGUGCAAAUUUUUGACCAAUGGAAGCUUCGACGUUUAUGAUUAUCCAUCUAACGUCGGGACAAAGGAGGAAGAAAUAGAGUCAAGGAAGCGUCCAGCCGAGCCCUGUUCAUCCGAUUGUUCGUGCAAAAUCGUCCCAAAUCUGUCAAAGAGAAUCAAGGUCAAUGAGGCCGCAAUUCUUGAUUCUAUUCAGGAUUGCGUUACUCAAGUCUCUUCGUGGACCACCAGCGGCUAUAUGGCUGACAGUGAGACAACUGGCCGCUCGGAGAUCAAACUUGGCUGCACCUGCACCGCCUCAACCAUUUCAAUGCCAGUCGCUCCUGCCACUACUCCCGCCAUUGAAGCUAUCGAUCAACUUCACGCCGUUCAAGCACCCACCUCUCAAACUGUCGAUCAGGCCCGUCAAUUCCUCGAACACAAGAAAGCUCUCUGGACCUUGCUGUUCAUCGUGUGCGACACCGGAAUCAUGGUGGCCGACAGAGCUUUGCGCGAACUUGACGGGGAUUGC